UGUCAAGGCCUCUCAAAAGCUCUCUGGCACUUAGAGAACAGUGUGUCCAGAGCUCAACCUGGAAGAGCAUAGCCAUGGUGCUCUGGGGUCUGGUGCUGGGAACCCUGCUGGUGGCCGUGGUGGGGUGCCUGUGGCUGCUGGGGCUGUUCCGGCAACGCAGACCUCAGGAGCCCCCUCUGGAUAAGGGCUUCAUACCCUGGCUGGGCCAUGCCAUGGCUUUCCGGAAGAAUAUGUUUGAAUUUCUGAAGUAUAUGCGGGCCAAGCAUGGAGAUGUGUUCACAGUGCAGCUAGGGGGCCAGUACUUCACCUUUGUCAUGGACCCGCUCUCCUUUGGCUCCAUCCUCAAGGAUGCACAGAGAAAACUAGACUUUGUGAAAUAUGCAGAAAAACUGGUGUUAAAGGUAUUUGGCUACCGCUCCAUGCAGGGAGACCACCGGAUGAUACACUCUGCCAGCACCAAAUACCUCAUGGGGGAUGGCUUGGAGGAUCUCAACAAAACCAUGCUGGACAGCCUGUCCUUGGUUAUACUGGGGCCCACGGGCCAGAGUCUGGAUGCUGGUUGCUGGCGUGAAGACGGCCUCUUCCACUUCUGCUACAAUGUGUUGUUCAAGGCCGGCUACCUGAGCUUAUUUGGCUGUACGAAGAACCAGGAGCAGGACCUGCUACAGGCAGAGGAGUUAUUUGUCCAGUUCCGCAAGUUUGAUCUCUUGUUCCCCAGGUUUGUUUAUUCCUUGCUGGGGCCCUGGGAGUGGCUGGAAGUGGCCCGGCUCCAGCGGCUCUUCCACAGGAUGCUCUCCGUGAACCACAACCUUGAGAAGAAUGGCAUAAGCAACUGGAUCUCCUACAUGCUUCAGUGUCUGAGGGAGCAGGGAACGGCCCCAGCCAUGCAAGACAAGUUCAACUUCAUGAUGCUCUGGGCCUCUCAGGGGAACACGGGGCCUAAUUCUUUCUGGGCCCUUUUGUUCCUCCUAAAGCACCCGGAAGCCAUGCGUGCUGUGAGGGAGGAGGCUGCCCAAGUCCUAGGGGAGGCCAAGCUGAAGGCUAGGCAAUCCUUUGGCGUUGAGAUCAGCGCCCUGCACCACACGCCAGUGCUGGACAGCGUGAUGGAGGAGACGCUGAGGCUGGGAACUGCACCCACCCUCCUCAGAGUGGUGCACGGUGACCAUAUGCUGAAGAUGGCCAGUGGACAGGAGUACCUGCUCCGCAGUGGAGACAUCGUGGCCCUCUUCCCUUAUCUUUCAGUGCACAUGGAUCCUGACAUCCACCCGGAACCCACUGCCUUCAAAUACGAUCGCUUCCUCAACCCCAACGGUAGUCGCAAAGUGGACUUCUACAAGUCAGGCAAGAAGAUCCACCACUAUACCAUGCCGUGGGGCUCGGGUGUCUCCAUCUGCCCUGGGAGGUUCUUGGCCCUCAGUGAGAUGAAGCUUUUUGUCCUGCUCAUGGUCACAUACUUUGACCUGGAACUGGUGGAUCCUGAUACCCCUGUGCCACCUGUGGACCCCCGGCGCUGGGGCUUUGGCACCACACAGCCGAGCCGUGAGGUGCGGUUCCGCUACCGCCUGCGUCCUGCCAAGUGAGCUCCGCCAAGGGGGCCGCAGGCCUGGCCAGGGAGGCUCCCUUAGGGUCUCCGCCUCCUCUCACCCCUCUGAAGCCCCACCCUCGCCUCCGGUUCUGCGAUACCUCCUACCUGUGUCCUAGUCGCCUUCCUUGCUCUCUGGUUUUCCUCUAGCCACCUGAUGGGCUUAUCUUUCUCUCUUGAAACACCGUCUGUCACCGUGGGUUCCGCAGGACCUUCCUCUCAUAUGAAGUCCAGGGGAAUGGGGGGAAAUCUGGGGGAAACUUAGUUGGGGAAAUGAUGGCAUAGCUUGACGAGUCUUGCCGUACAGAAACCAGUCAUCAUGAGUAACACAGUGUCCUGCAAAUGUUAACCUCCACCCUCCCACCUCACUGUAUUAUCUUCCUCAAUGCUUACUCCACAUCCUGUGGAAUUCAGGUUCGUCCAAAGCAAUACGAGGCAAGCCACAUGUGUAAUUUUUAAUUUCCUAGUUGAUACAUUUUUUUAAAAGGUAAAAAGAAACAGGUGAAGUUAAUGUUUAUAAUAUACUUAGCCCAAUAGAUCAAAAAUAUUAGCAUUUCAAUAUGUCAAUAUAAGAACAUUAGUAAAAUAUGUAUUUUUUAGUAACAUUGGGACAAAAUAUAUAUAUAAAACAUUAGUAAAAAAAAAUAUAUAUAUAUAUAUAUUUUUUUUUAAUUUCUUUUUGUGUGUGUGUUGCCUUCAAAAUCUGGUAUGUACUUUUUACCCUUGCAGUGUAUCUCACUUCAGACUAGCCACAUUCUAGUGCUCACCAACCACAUGUGGCUAGUGGCUCCUGAAUUAGAUAGAGCGGGUCUGGAGAAACGCUGCCUUUCACAUAGGAGUUAUUCAAGCGGCACCCCCCCCCCCCCCCAGUGCCCUUGUCUCCCCUCCACACUCCCACCUCAGGGUGGUCUCAAUCCCACCUGUAGUCUCCACAACCACAGCUGAGUUCAGAGCUCUCUCCUACUUCCAGACCCUCAAUCUCCCCGCUGGGGUCCCACAGCACCUCUGACUCAGUUUGGCCCACACAGAACUCAGCAUCUGUCUCCCCACCUCUGUCCUGAACCACCUCCUUCUCCGGAUUACCCUACCUGCCUCUGCUCCGGACACCACCACCCGCCCCAUCCCCCAGGACAGAUCUGGGAGAAACCGGAUCUCCUCCCCACUCUCACCCACAAACAGUCAGGCCCCAGGUCUGUCAGUUCAACCCUCUGUCGUGCCCCCGAAACGGUCCUCUUUUCCCCAGCCCCACUGCCAUUCCUAUGACUCAGCACUCGGCACACCUGGCCUGCCUGGCCCUCGGCGCACCCAGCUGCCAGAGACCUUUCACCAGACCUUUUGCCUGUCAUACUUUCACUUUUCUGGUUCCCUGUCACCUCCUUGCACCUAACAUUUGAAUUUUGCCACAGUUGAUCCCAAAUGUUCAAUCCAGUGCAAUUCAGCCUUACCAACUUUCUCCAGUGGAACUGUCUGGAAAGUACAGUUGCUUGCUUUUUACUGCCAACCUGGAGGCCUUCCUGGAUCUCACCCAUUCCAGCCUCUGGCCAGAAAUGGGCUCCCUCCCCUGAGGUUCCCCUGACACAGCUUGUGUCCCAGCACAUCUGUUACUUGUUGUUGCUCUCUGUUUCCUGCUUUCCUCCUCCUGCCCCCUCCCCCGGACUGCAGCCCACAGGGCUUGGUAUCUUAUUACUUCAUCCCUGACCCCCAAUUCCCUAAAUGGAGAUUAAAUGAUAGAAAAUUGG